AUGAAGUUCUCUCAAGUCAUCUUCGGCGUAGCCGCUGCAGCAUCCGCCGUCUCCGCAAUCGAUAUUUGGAUGUACUUGGAAGACAAAGCUUGUGAAAACCAUUACGUUGCCAUGGUCUGUACGGGUGUUAACCCCGGCGCCUGUUGUUACUAUGAUGGCGCUGGUGCCAACAGCGUCGGGUUCAGAGCGAUCCCCAAAGGAUGGAGGCUCGAUCUUACAGGUUACUCGACCAAAGAGUGCAAAGGUCUCCUACAUUCCGUCGGCAUGGUUGGUCCAACAGACUGGUGUUUCAAGGACGACACAGGGAAGAAUAAGAAUUAUCGCUCAGGCAAUUACUAUUUCUCUUCUUCUCCCAAAAAGCGGUCGGAGGCGGAGAGUUCUUGUGUAAGGGCAGACACCAUGGUUCUUCCCGAUGGAACAAAGCUUGAUGUUUCGAGCUUGGACGAGGUAGCCGCUCUAGAACUGGAAUGCAAACAUCGCAAACGUUACAGUCCUCGCUGA